ACUUUUGUGAGAGACGCAGCGGCAGCGGACUGUGUUGUUCUAAGUGAGGAGACGAGCAUAGAGAGGCUGAAAUCAUGAAGCCACUUUUACUCGGAGUACUGGGCUGCUCUCUGGUUCUGGCUGUCCAAGCUUUGUACUCGGCUAGUGAUGAUGUUAUCGAGCUCACCCCAUCCAACUUUAACAGAGAGGUGAUCCAGAGUGACAGUCUGUGGCUGGUCGAGUUUUAUGCUCCCUGGUGUGGCCAUUGUCGAAAUCUAGCUCCUGAUUGGAAGAAGGCAGCUACUGCCCUCAAGGGUAUUGUCAAAGUUGGUGCUGUGGAUGCUGACGAGCACAAGUCACUGGGUGGCCAGUAUGGUGUCAGAGGGUUCCCCACCAUCAAGAUCUUUGGCGCUAAUAAGAACAAACCAGAGGAGUACCAAGGUGGACGCAGCAGCCAGGCCAUCGUGGAUGGAGCCAUGGAUGCUCUGCGUAAUCUGGUGAAAGAGAGGCUGAGCGGCAGGUCUGGUGGCUCUGGCUACAAACAGAGCGGUGGUGGUGGCAGCAGCAGCGGUGGGAACAAGAAAGAUGUGGUCGAGCUCACUGAUGACAACUUUGACAAGAUGGUGUUGGACAGUGAUGAUGUGUGGCUGGUGGAGUUUUUCGCCCCCUGGUGUGGACACUGCAAGAACCUGGAGCCUGAAUGGGCAGCUGCAGCCACAGCUGUCAAGGAGCAGACCAAGGGCAAAGUUCGCCUCGGAGCUGUGGAUGCUACUGUACACCAGGGCGUGUCCAGUCGCUAUGGGAUCCGUGGGUUUCCCACCAUCAAGAUUUUCCGCAAAGGUGAGGAGCCAGAAGACUACCAAGGAGGUCGCACCCGCGGUGACAUUAUUGAGAGGGCUUUGGAUCUGUUUUCUGACAAUGCUUCUCCUCCAGAACUGCUGGAGAUUCUCAGUGAAGAUGUCUUAAAGAAGACCUGUGAGGACAGUCAGCUGUGUAUAAUUGCUGUCCUACCACACAUCCUGGACACAGGCGCGGCUGGUAGGAACAGCUACCUGGAUGUGAUGAUGAAAAUGGCUGAGAAGUACAAGAAGAAGAUGUGGGGCUGGCUGUGGACCGAGGCAGGGGCUCAGAUGGAGCUGGAAUCCUCUCUUGGUAUUGGUGGUUUUGGCUACCCUGCCAUGGCUGCCAUCAACACACGCAAGAUGAAAUUUGCUCUGCUCAGGGGUUCCUUCAGUGAGACCGGUAUUCACGAGUUCCUCAGGGAGCUUUCUGUGGGCCGUGGCUCAACUGCCACAUUGGGAGGUGGCGUCAUGCCCAAGAUUCACACUGUUGAACAAUGGGAUGGCAAAGAUGGACAGCUUCCCGUGGAGGAGGACUACGACCUCAGUGAUGUAGAACUCGAUGACUUCAAGGACGAGUUAUGAGUCCAAAUGGGGCAGGACUGAUCCAGACUAUCUGCGUUUGGUCUGGUCUGGUCCUGUGCGAUCCACCUCCCCUCUCCUGUGGACGAAUGGGAGGCCCGGUCGCCCAGUUACUGAAAUACUUCUGAAAAGACACAUGAGAGACACCUGCGGUUUCUCACAUCAUCUUGUCAGUCACAAGGGGGACAGGAAGGAGGGGAGAGUGUGUCGUGUCCUCUGAGUGAACUCUUUCUCACAUACCUGCUGAACGGUAGAUGCCGCAUAUUUAUACAGCUGCCACCCACUGAGGAGAGGAGGGUGGAGCUUCCGAAUGUCACAUUUUUGUCAUUGUUUCACUUUUUAAAACAUUGCCUUUCCUGCCCUCGUCAAGCACCUACUUUGAGAUGUGGACUUGUCAAAUUAACACUUAAACGUCCCACCUGAUGUGACUAAAUGUGUCUUCUCUUUUUAAACCAGUGACUGAGGAUGUUGGUGAGUUUGCAUCAUGUGUGUCCAGGACAAAUGGGGAUACCAAGGGGGGACUUCUUGUGUAGAUUUUUCUUACACAACUUUAUUUCAAUUGUGUGAAAACAAAAGGACAUUUUUGUUA